GCCGUCCACCCUGCCCAACAAACGAGAAAGACUGCAGCGACAUGGAGCCCUGGCUUCACGGCUACCUGAGCCGCCAAGAGGCAGAGGCGCUGCUGGAGAGCAAUGGCUCCACAGAGGGUCUGUUUCUUGUGCGACUGAAGGAUCCGGGAGCCGGAAAGUUUGCCAUCUCCUUGUCCGCGCAAGGCAGAAUGCUCCACUUUAUGAUCGAGCGCCAGGGGCCUGAGUUUUACGUCAACAAGGGGCCGUUCUUCAACAGUGCCACGCUAGCGGAAGUCGUCCAACACAUGACGCGCCCAUCACCACACUGGAAGUAUCCGUUGCGAAAGUACGUGGACAAGGAGACGCUGGAAGCAGAUGUGGUGACUGUGCACAACAAGGGCCAGGCAGCAACACUGCCGCCACGAUCGCCAAACCCAUCAGCGCUGCCCGCACAUGAUCCGCAGUUCCAACAGCAAGCAAGCAUGCCAGUACCACCCACCCUCUCCACCACCUCCUCAAGCACGUCCCCAGGACCCUCACGGCAACCGAGCGACCUUCCCGUGCAAUCGUCACCGCUGGACCCGGCGCCCCCGCCGCUGCCCACAGCUCCCCCACCAACACACCAGCAACAACAGCAACAGCAACAGCAACAGCAGCAACAGCAACAGGCACCGCCACCGCCACCCCUCUCUUCGUUACCGCCACAACAGACGCAAACGCCUGCCGCGAACCAGCCCCCACAGGCACAGGACCAGCAGCAGCAGCAGCAGCAGCAGCAGCCUGGUGCAUCUUCGGCAUCGACAGCGGCGCCGACGGGCGAGUCGAAGCGAAGCAUGUCAGGCGUGUUUUCCACCAUCAGGAAGAAGUCCCUCACCUUCCUCAGGCGAAAGAAAGGAUCAGGAAACACAGCGCUUGUCGAUGCGGGUGUUGAGUUUAUGGCGACGAUCAAGGAUGAGGCGAUUCGCACCGAGGGCUCCGUCAUUGACGAAAUGGCGCAGAAGGCGUUGGCGGCGGCUGCAGUUGCUCCACCAGAAAAAGCGCACAUUUAUCUCUCCCUCGACGGCUUCACGAUCAUGUCCAAGGGCCGUGAGAUUCUCUGUCAAGACCGCUUCCUCAACGUCUUCGGUGUUGGCAGACCAACGGAGCAAGAGAACAAGAACGUGAUUGUGAUUCUGCAGUUUGCGACAGAUUCAGAUGCAGCCGCCAAGGGGGUUGUGAUUCGAUGCAAGGAUUCAAACGUGUUUGAGGCGCUAUUCAGCAGUGUACAAGCAGCACAUAACUUCAAGUAG